AUGAUGUCAGACGAUCGAGCAGGGGCAGGGGCAGGGGCAGGGGCAGGGGCAGGGGCAGGGGCAGGCAGGGGCAGGAGCAGGAGCAGGAGCAGGAGCAGGGGCAGGCAGGGGCAGGGGCAGGGGCAGGGGCAGGGGCAGGGGCAGGGGCAGGGGCAGGGGCAGGGGCAGGGGCAGGCAGGGGCAGGAGCAGGAGCAGGGGAUGAGAGCAGAGAAAGAGCAGCAGGAAGAAGAUAUGGAGAAGAAUACACCCUUCUGUCAGGAAUUGCGCUACUAGCAGUGUCAGCGCUUGUUGUUGUUAUUCAUCUCAGCGUAUCGUCUACAGGAUCUCAACGCGUGUCUUCUUUGCUCACUCGGCGCGAGUUGAACAAGGCAGCUCCCGGCUGCAAGUGGUGGUUCUGUCGGGAGCCUGAGGGCUAUGGCUCAGCUGCUGCUCUAUCUGCAACCUCACACCCGGGCUACACCAUCGAAGAGACGGACCAUCUUCCCUCUAGCGAGCAGAGCCUGAUCGCGCCCUAUGUCACCUCCCUCUGGGGCCCAUACGUGCGUCCCCAGGAGACUCGUCGCCGAGUGAGGGUCCACCAGCAGCAGCGGAGCUCUCCCUCUCAUUCCUCCUUGGCUCGCGAAUGGCUUCCUGCUCAAAUCGUCUCACAAGCAGCGGCUGAGAACCGAGGGAUCAGCGUGAUCCCUUCGGGGUACGCGCCUUCGCGGGCUCCGGACUCUGUCUACUACGACGACGCCCAACGGGACCUCCACGAUAUCCCUGCUCGGACCUCGUCUGUUCGCCCAGAGAUCACAGGAUACCAGAUCGUGAUCAACGAUCCCUUCCGUUCUCAGCGAGUGAGGAGGGUGAGGGAGGACGAGGCUGCCAACCUGCGACAGAGACAAGAAAAGCUGAAGCGGCUGCAGCGUCUGAAACUGCUGGGAACUCCAGCUUCAAUCACUGCGAUCAAGAACGGAGGACAAGAAUAUGUCGACAAGCUCGAGCGAGACAUUCUGAGUCACUGA